AUGUACCUUUUCUUCCUUUUGCUUCCUUUGAAGUUCUCAAGGUACCUCGGCCUAUCUAUCCACGUCCUCUUCGUUUCCGUAGCCCUCGACGCGAUGAACUCUCGACUGCCGUAUUCGUACCUUUUCGGCUGGACACACAAUUCUGCGACGAGAAGUGAGAAGCUCUUCUAUGAUGGAUCAGAGAGAGAGGGAGAGACGAAAGUGGAUAUUGGGCUUGGAAGCGAAGAGCAUUCGAAGCAGUGGAGUCCAGAGUGGAUGACGGCGCCUUCGAAGUCGGCCUUCUUUCUCAGUCUCACCACUCACCACCUUACCUCCAGCGGAGGGCCCCCCGAGUGUCUCUCCAGUCCCGUUGGCUUCUUCUACCCCUGGCGCCAUGGCGGGUUGGACUUGGGCUGCCCUCAACCGGAAAGUGACUCUUGCCACCCGCCCACGUCGUCUAGCUGCCUACCUAGCACAAAUCAGAGAAGAGCAACCACUCACUUGUUCACAAGUCAGGCAGAAUAG